AUGGAACGUCCUAAAACUAUUCAAGAACAAAAGGAUACGCUCCUCAAGAUAGAAAAGUGUUUAACCGAUUAUUUACUUGAACAUCCUGACAAAUUUAAUAAAGUUGCGGAGAUCAUACUCAGUACCAACGCUAACCGUCCAUUUGAAAUUUUAACAGUCAAACAGACUGACCUAGUUUCAAGGCUACAAGAAAUUAAAGUUCCAACUUUGAUAAUUCAUGGUGAAAUUGAUGAAAUCGUUCCUAUUGAAUCAGCCGAAUUACUUGAUCGUGAAAUUCCUAAUACACAAUUUCAUAAGAUUCCUGAUGUUGGGCAUAGUUCAAUUAAUCUUGAUUUAGAUUUAGAGAAAAUUAAGAUUAAAUUUUGUAUACAAAAAAUAUUAUACAGUAGCUAA